AUGAAUAAAGGUUUACUUUUAUGUUCGUCCUUCCAAUUGGCUGCAAAGAGCUCCAUGGGUCGCAAAAACUCCUCAAGCCAGCUUCCGAUCGAUCACUUUCGUCGUGCCAUCGGCGAUAAUCAACGUAGAAGACAAGUGGAUCAGGUCGUGCGCAUGAAAACCAGUACAGACAAGAAAAAUAAAAAUAAGCAAGUGGAAAACUUCGUCUGGACGUUCACGAUGUCAUUAUUUUUUGGAAUGAUCGUUUCCGUUUUCAUCAUCGCAGCGAUAAAAUGCAUUUAUGGCUUUCCCGCAGAUGCUCCGCUGCAUUUGUUUAUCGGAAGUGUACAGCGUUUUGGUCUUUCAGGGCAUUCGUCUAUCUCGAGAAUGGAGUGGGAUGAUGUCGAAACUAAUGGGCUUCUACAGCCGUUUGAGACAUCUGUCAUAGCUGCCCUUGUGGAACUUCGUCAAAAGCACUGGAAGGAAUGCACUAACGUGAUUAACAAUUUUGAAUCAGGUUUGAACCGUGUCAAUUUAGAAAAGGCUGAUUUGCUUAAAGAACUGGAGAAGUGCAAUUGUAUGAUCGAGGGAAAAGAGUUGGAAAUACUUGGCUUGCGGCGUCAGUUGAAGAGUCUGCAUAUGACCAAGACUUUCUGCAAAAAAUGCUACUGUGAAGUUGUGGCUCCGGAAAUUCAGGCAGAUAAGAUUCCAACUGAAUUAAACAAUCCUAGGAAACGAACAAGAUUCAAUUUAUCAAUCUCUUCGUCAUUGGAGUCAUCGGCAAAUGAUCUAACUCCCCCGGGGGCCACGUCUGCUUUUUUGCAUCGCCAACCGUCGGAGAAGCGUCUCUGUCUUGCAACCACGAAUGGUCAGUUGGCUGUCAACCUUAAUAGGUCGAAAUCGAAAGAGACAAACGAAGGAUCAAACAUUCUCGUUGCUGAAACGCAGGACGAUUUCUCUCCCCCUGCGUUCGAUACGCUUUUAGCCAACGAAAAUUCACAAUCAACAAAAACACUGAUAGAUGGCACCACGGUUGAUAAUUCACUCGAUCAAUUUGUGGAUAUUAAACCUGAACACGUUACUUCAGUCGAUGACUCUCAGCAUGAUGGAAAGGACAGUGACCUGGUUUCCCACCGUCCUAUCGGACUGGCAACAUUCAGUCCUCCCUCUCAGUUGUUUGAUGCCUCUCUGGCCCUUCGUAGAGCGGUAAAUCAUCUGGAUUUGGCCAAUUAUGAGCCAUCAACUAUUGCUCCUCUGCCUCCUAUACGAUCGAAACAGUUCAAAUUCAAAAACGGCGCGCAAAAGGUCCAUUCCUCGCGCCGGGCGCACAAACGCACAUGUCGUCAUUACCAACCGCAGUCACGGGAGGUGGAGGUUCCGAAAGGCAGGCCUAAACCCAUCGUUGCAACCGAUAUGCUGAGCGAUGCGACUGGGGCCGACUUGACCUUUCCCUCAAUCUCCGCUGUAGCCCUGGCCACUGACGUUCCUUCUUGUGCUCCUCCUGCAAAGUCCUUGAUGCUGCCGCCUCCUCCACCGCCUCCUGAUGCAUAUUCGACCAGGAUCACUAGAAGAAUGUCGAAGAAACCGUCAGUAGAUGUCUUGCCUUCCGUGGGGCGCUCUCCUACCCGUGAAAGGAACAUCGAAACUCAAUUGAAUGAGUCUCAAGACUAUCAGUCGAAUAACGACGUUGGCGACCCCGAUGUACCUGAACCAAUGGCGGCCACAUCGGGCGUACCUCAGGUCCGCCAGACCGUUAGGUAUUCACGAGAAGACAUUGAAAAGUGUUUACGCGGACCAGAGUCUCAUCAGCACAGCAUUGGUAACGCCGCUGUCGCUCUCCCAUCGACUCCCGAUGGUUAUUGGAGUGUUGGAAAUCCGGACGCCGUGUCACCCGGGCCGGGCGUCGUGCAGCCGGCAGGGGAAUUAGCGGUGCGCAGGUUGCGUCGCCGGCGUCCCCUCGAGUUCCCAAAACCCCCCACUUAA